GGCAGUGUAUAUAAAUACUUAGCUAUAAAGCAACUCAAUCCGCACUCAGUUUUGGUGGAGUGAGCACAGGAUUAAUCGUACCUGAUUGCAACUAUUGCUGUUGAGUGGUGUUUGAUAAUAAGGGAGAGUUGUGUGAAGGCUUUGCAAACAAAGAGACGAAAAAAAUCGUCAUUGAAUCGAUUUCUUUCCAUAUAAGCUCUUAAGCAACGUGGUUUAGUUUAUGCUUCAAAUUCAUUGGAUAGAUUCGCCAACUGGAUAAGUGUUAUUUUCCACAAUGGCUAGCAGUGGUAGUAACUCAAAAUCUUCUAUGGUCAAUGGAACAAAACAGUUUGCCCUGUUACCAAAAAUCAUUAAUGGUGGUAUUGCCGGCAUAAUUGGUGUAUCGUGCGUUUUUCCCUUGGAUCUUGUGAAGACUCGCCUACAAAAUCAACAAGUUGGACCUAAUGGAGAGAAAAUGUACAAUUCUAUGCUUGACUGUUUUAAGAAAACCUAUCGUGCUGAGGGAUAUUUCGGUAUGUACCGUGGUUCAGCAGUAAAUAUAUUGCUAAUUACUCCUGAAAAAGCAAUAAAAUUAGCAGCAAACGACUUCUUCCGACACCAUUUAACUACAUCCAAUGGCACCCUGCCAAUUACUCGCCAGAUGGCUGCAGGUGGGUUAGCUGGAUUGUGUCAAAUUGUAAUAACAACUCCUAUGGAACUCCUGAAAAUUCAAAUGCAAGAUGCCGGUCGUGUGGCAGCACAGGCCAAAGCUAUAGGUAAAACUAUUCCGAAGGUAUCUGCUACUUCCAUAGCGAUGGAACUGAUCCGUACGAAAGGAAUAACAGGAUUAUAUAAAGGAACUGGUGCAACAAUGCUACGCGACGUUUCAUUUUCAAUUGUGUAUUUUCCAUUAUUUGCCACUCUUAACUCACUCGGUCCGCGUCGGGAUGACGGCAGUAAUGAAGCUGUUUUCUGGUGUUCAUUUUUGAGCGGCUGUGCCGCUGGUUCGAUGGCAGCUCUAGCUGUAAAUCCAUUUGAUGUUGUGAAAACGCGUCUACAAGCUUUAAAAAAGGUUGAAGGCGAAAUGCAAUUCAAUGGUGUUGCCGAUUGUAUUGGAAAAACUCUAAAGUACGAAGGUGUGACUGCAUUCUUCAAAGGAGGAUUGUGUCGUAUGAUUGUCAUUGCACCUCUGUUUGGUAUAGCGCAAAUGGUAUAUUUCCUAGGUGUUGCCGAAGCCUUACUUGGCGUUAAAUCUGGUAAUAAGUAAAGCUGUUUCUAACGUCGUGUAUUUUUUUUUGCUGUGCAUCAGUUUGUUUCAACUAGAUGCAAUACUCAAAGUUUUUGUUAAUAUCCCAGAGUCAGAUCAUUGAAUGCCUCACAACGACACUAUUCUCAAGCCGAUUAAUACCGAAUAAUGUUUCUGUGUCCGUUUCAAUAUUCCCACAUGUAUUUUGAAUUGUGUUUUUAAAUGAGUUUGUUUUCAUUGUAUAAUUAUUUACUCGAUUUUGUUGUAUAGCAUUAACUUUGGUAGAUUUUUUAUCUUAAAAUUGUUUGCGUAUGACUUCUGUUUUGCAGUGGGCAUGAGAAACUAUGUAAUAACGUAUAUUAUAUGUUUGGACAGCGUUGUUCGUACGAAUGACUAAUGUUGUUGUUGGGGUUUGACAUGUGCAUAUCCAGCUUAACAAGCAAAUUCAGAAAAGCUGUAAGAUAACUAUUUGCAAAUUCAAUGCCUAUGGAAAGCCAGGAGGAGAGAAGGAGGGGAUCAAAUAUUAGAAAAGAGCAGUAAAGUUUCGUAAAAGCUUAUGAAUGUGUUCAAUAUACAAUCUCAUGAUUUGGAUUCUUUA